GAAAAACACAUUUCUAGUCCAAAACCCUCUUCUCUCUCCAUUAAAACCCUUUUUAUUGUUUCUUCUUCGCCGCCGUUCUCCAUCCAUCAUUACCUAAACUUGUACCAGACUUUUAAUGGCAGGGAAGAUGAAUUUCAACAACAUGAAGGUACCCAGGGUGCCUGAUGGUGGUGCAGCAUCUGCAUUAAUAAAGUUUGGAGCUGUUGUUGGUAUCGGACUGUAUGCAGUGUCUAACAGUUUGUACAACGUUGAGGGAGGGCAUCGUGCUAUUGUCUUCAAUCGUAUUGUUGGUGUCAAAGAAAAGGUUUAUCCAGAAGGGACACACAUCAUGAUCCCCUGGUUUGAGAGGCCAAUCAUCUAUGAUGUCCGUGCACGACCACAUCUAGUGGAAAGCACUUCUGGUAGCCGUGAUCUACAAAUGGUGAAAAUCGGUCUUCGAGUUCUUACUCGUCCUGUUGCUGAUGAAUUACCUGCUGUGUAUCGAACUCUUGGUGAGAACUACAAUGAGAGAGUCCUUCCUUCAAUCAUUCAUGAAACAUUGAAAGCUGUGGUCGCACAAUAUAAUGCUAGCCAGCUUAUUACCCAGAGAGAGGCUGUUAGUAGGGAAAUACGGAAAAUACUGACAGAGAGGGCAGCCAAUUUCAACAUGGCACUUGAUGAUGUUUCUAUCACAAGUCUCACCUUUGGAAGGGAAUUUACUGCUGCAAUUGAAGCAAAACAAGUGGCUGCACAAGAAGCUGAGAGAGCCAAGUUUGUCGUAGAAAAGGCUGAGCAAGAUAAGCGAAGUGCUAUUAUCAGAGCACAGGGAGAAGCAAAAAGUGCCCAACUGAUAGGUCAAGCAAUUGCCAACAACCCAGCAUUUAUCACACUCAGGAAGAUUGAAGCCGCUCGGGAAAUUGCGUCAACAAUGGCUAAUUCAUCAAACAAGGUCCUUUUGAAUGCUGAUAAUCUGUUGCUCAACCUUCAGGAAAUGAGCCUGGAGAAGAAAUAGACUACUAAAAAUAAAAUGAAUGAUAAUUGUCAAUUGAAACAUUGGAAGGCCUUUUGUGUUUCUCUUUAAAACCCGUUGUGAAACUGAAAGAUUGUAACGUAACUGGUACUGAAAGCUCAAAACUUGCGGGUUCUAUCAAGUCCUUGAGAUGUUGGAUUUCUUUUAAAUGGUGCAUGAUGAUGACAAAUUGACAACGAGUAUCAUGUAUGGUUAGUCAUGGGUUCUCACAUGAUUUUUGGUUGGUCUUGUGGUUUUAAAUGUUGGCAUGACUUGUCAAAAACUUGUAAUGGUUCUUAAAUUUAUGAUUAUAAUAACAGUUGACGUCUCCGAAAUAAAAAACCACCCUAGGGGGUGUUUGGUA